AUGAACGGACCAAGUGCAUGUCGAAUGAGUGGUCUCAAAAUCCUAGUCGCAGGGGGGUCGAUCGGUGGUUUGGCCACUGCUGUUGCCCUCAAGGCUCAAGGUCAUUAUGUUACUGUUUAUGAGCAAGCACUUACCCCGGAUACGUUGGGUGCGGGCAUAACCAUCUUCCCAAACUCCCUUCGCGCCCUCGACGCGUUAGGAAUCGACACCAAUCAGAUCAAAUCUGUGAGGAUCAAGCGGUUGAUCAGGACAUCCAUUGAGGUGGAUGGGUCGGCUAAUACUGUUGGAGACGAGAUCGAGGAGAAGGACUGGCCAUGGUAUCAGACGACGUACCGAGAUCUGUUUGUGUCUCUUUGGGAGGCUGCGCACGAUAGUUCCAGGCCUGGUCCGCGAAUUGAUGUUGUGAGCUCAAAGUCGGUCAUCAGUAUUGAUCCCGUCAAGGCUAUGGUGUACUUCUCGGACGGGACACAGGCAGUAGGAGACGCCAUCAUUGGUGCCGACGGUGUACACUCUGUCUGUCGAUCGUUCGUUCCUGGAGGGAGUUUUCCGCGGUUCCGCAUCAAGCGUCACGUCUUUCGAGCCUUGAUCCCCCGUGAACGGCUCGCAAAGGACCCUCGCACGAUCAAAUUCAUCGAGAAAGAGGGUGAUGCGUACUGUUACAUUUACCAGGAAAGGAGCCUUCUGAUCACGCCGGCGUCGAACGGUGAGAACUGCUGUAUCAAGUUCCUGUACGAGGAUCGAAUGGCGUUCAAGAACCUGAGCAAGGACUGGAGAGAUCCGUCGAGCAAGCUGAAACUCCUGCGACUUGCCGACGGCUUGCCUGAGGAGUGCAUGGCCUUGUUCGAGAAGAUUUCAGACCGGGACCUCCAAGAUCAGCCGAUUUGGGACAUGGACCCCCUCACAACAUUUCGAUCGAACCGGAUGGUGUUGAUGGGAGACGCCGCACAUCCCAUGCCCCCGUACUGUGGCCAACGGAUCGCCAUGGCACUAGAAGACGCCCUCGCGUUGGGCGUCCUUCUGGAAACCGCGACACCCGCCAGCGAGGUCGACGAACGGCUCAUGUUGUACUCGGCCACGCGCAAGACGCGCGCCGUUGCCGUGCAGAAAACCAUGAGGGGACUUUCGGAAUCAGACAUGAGAAACUUUGCGACAGAAUUUGAGGCGUACUCUUUUCACAAUUACAUUCUUGGCCACGAUGAGCUCGAGCACAUGGCUCAAGCUUUGCGUGUUUGGAAGAAGCAAAGAUGCUUGACGCAGGGUUCGUCGGAGUCUCUGGAGCCGCGGCAACAACGGCCGGCCCAGGUCUGGAAAGAAUGCGACGAGGACAAGAAGAAGAAGGCGCCACAGCCAAUGUCGCCUUCACCGAAAAAGUGGUGGUCAAUAGGAAGGCAAGGGUCGAAGACAUGGUCGAGGGUCUUUUCGUCCGCAGAAACGCCCCGAUCUGUCGCUACAACAUCAUAA